AUGUGUAGUUGCAAUGCUUUUGAUCAGUGUUUCAAUAACAGAAGCAAUAGAGACUAUCGAGAGUCCACACAAGACGAAGACAAGAAAGGUUCUGUUAGAAGAAACAACAGAGUCAAAAGCAGAAGAAGAAACCGAAGUAGAAACGGAGAAGCUCUCUCAAAUAAGUGCGACGUAUUUUUCCGGUGCGUGUUCGACACUUGCGGCCAAUGGAAUUUCCCGAUUGCGCCUUGUCCUCAAAACCCUUUCUUGCCUCCUCCCGUGGUUUUACCACCACCGCCAUCACUCCCCGUUGUAACACCACCACCACCACCACCAACACCAGUUCCUUGCUCACCACCACCGCCACCGCCAGCCCCAGCCCCAGCCCCGGUUCCUUGCCCACCUCCACCAUCACCACCAACACCGCCUCCACCACCGCCUUGCAUAACUUGUGUCUCAGCCCCAACACCUCCUCCUCCCCAGCCUUGCAUAACUUGUGUCUCAGCCCCGGAACCGCCUCCUCCGCAGCCUUGCAUUACUUGUACCACAGCCCCGGCUCCACCUCCACCAGUACCUUGCCCACCACCGCCAUUACCCCCAACACCGAUUCUACUCCCACCUGUAUUGCCAAUUCUGCCACCACCAGCAACGCCAUCUCCGGUUCCAACCCUCCCUCCACCAACACCGGUGCUAGCCCUUCCUCCACCUUCUGCUCCUCUUCCGCCACCAUUAUCUUCCUCUCUUCCCUCACCAUCUAUUCCUUUAGUUUUAUCGCCACCUCCUCCUCUUUUAGGCGGCGGUGCUCCGGGAAUCUUCGAUAUACCUCCUCCUCCUCUUUUAGGCGGUGGUAUUCCGGGAAUCUUCAUUUCACCUCCUCCUCCUCUUUUAGGCCGCGGUGCUCCGGGAAUCUUCGGCUCACCUCCUCCUCCUCUUUUAGGUGGGGGAGCUCCGGGAACCACCAUUUCACCUCCUCCUCCUCUUUUAGGCGGCGGUGCUCCGGGAAUCUUCGGUUCACCUCCUCCUCCUCUUUUAGGUGGGGGAGCUCCGGGAACCACCAUUUCUCCUCCUCCUCCUCUUUUAGGCGGCGGUGCUCCAGGAACAACCAAUACACCUCCUCCUCCUCUUUUAGGCGCCGGAGCUCCGGGAACAACCAGUACACCUCCUCCACCAUUGGUUUCCGACGUCCCGCCCAUGCCACCAAUGACAUGGUUUUCCCCGCCUGAUAUAACGACCGGAUCACCUCCACCAUCUCCAGUGUUCCUCCUUCCUCCACCAUUAGACCGGUCAACAAUAACGCCGCCGGCUGCACAAUUUCCACCGCCGGAUAUAUUCACCGGAAUGCCACCACCCACACUAGUUUACCCUUCAUUAGUUCCUCCACCUGCAGAUGAUUUCCCACCGGAUAUAGUUAUUGGACAGCCGCCGAUUCCAUCACCGCCUGACCAAUCUACGCCGGAACUUCCACCACCUGAUGUAACCAUCGAGCCACCAAUUGACGACUCAACACCACCUUCGCCAUCAGUCCUUCCCGUGAUCAUGCCUCCACCGGUUCAAGACCUCCCUCCAAUUUUACCUCCACCGGUUGAAGAUCUCCCGCCGAUUUUACCUCCACCAGUUGAAGAGUUACCGCCAAUUCUACCUCCACCAGUUGAUGAUUUCCCUUCGAUUCUACCUCCACCGGUUCAAGAUCUCCCACCAAUUCUGCCUCCACCAGUUGAUGAUUUCCCUCCAAUUUUACCUCCACCGGUUCAAGAUCUCCCGCCGGUUUUACCUCCACCGGUUGAAGACUUCCCUUCGAUUUUACCUCCACCCGUUCAAGAGUUCCCGCCGGUUCAAGAGUUGCCUCCCCCGGUUGAAGACUUCCCACCAAUUUUCUCAACACCACCUAUCGUUGAAAAUCCACUGAUAGUUCCAAUAUUCUCCACGCCACCAAUCCUCGGAGAUAUACCACCGCAAACUCCCGUCUUUACCACGCCGCCAGAGAUCACAAAUCCGUGGCUGCCGCCGGAGCAACCGCCAGUGACGUCAUUCGCACCGCCAAUCGAGUCCAUCCCAACGAUACCUGAAAAUCCAUUUCCUGUUACACCAAACCCAGACAUGGGUUCUAAUCAGCCGUUGGUUCAGCUUCCUCCGCCAUCGUGGGAUUCACCACCUUUUAAUCGUUAA